AUGCCUGCCAAGGAAACCGAUAGCGAGCACGCCCGUCUGCAAAAUGACUACGGCGCAGAUUACUGGGUUCGCGCUUCUGCUACACAGCAUCGCCGCGCAACAGCAGGACGAGGCCUCUUCGCCGGACUACAAGAUGUGAAGCACUACAACGUCGAUCACGGCUGGGCUCGUCGCAAGUCUGAGUCUGCGCCUCCUGGAAUUCUCGGGUCCCUCUGGAGCCGACUCACUGGUAUUUGA